GAGUUGUACCCUGCUCCAACUCUCCAGCUCCAGCAAUCACCUAACUCAUCAGGACCAUGGCGGCUUUCAGGUUCUUGCUGCUCCUUCUGUGCCUUGGAUGGAAGCUUACCUUGGCCAGCCCUGCAAACUACAGUGACAACUGCCUGGAUUUCCAAGACCUUUUUAUCACCAUCAGCAGCACAGGCAUCAAGGCCUCUCCAACAGUCUAUGAAAGCAACACAGUCUACACAGUGUGGAUUCCCAUGAAUGCCAACCUCAGCUCUGUGGUCCUGCGAGCCCUGGACAGCCACAGCAACUCAGUGGGCUCCUGGCAAGGCGCAGAUAAACACUGCAAUGACAGCGUCCUCUAUUACAUGAAGCCUGGGGACCACACGCUUAUCAAAGUGCAGUGGACGGCUCCUGCUUCUCACAACGUCACUGAAGUGGAGCUGCAUGAUGACUACAACCAUGACCUCCAACCCUACCACAGCCUUCACCUCCAAGACUUCCAUAGCCUCAACCUCCAAGAUUUUCACAACUUUGCCCCCCAGGAUUUCCACUGCCUUGACGUCCAGAACUCCCAAUAA